AUGGUCAGGACGACAAAACCAUAUCAGCGACCAGAAACGUAUCGUAAAGCCAAUCCCGACGCGCCUGGAUCGUGGAAACAUGAUCUCCAUGAAUCAGCUCGACAAUCCUUAGCAGCCCGUAUCUCCACUUCAUCAUCUGCAGCUCAUGCUCCUCGUCAAUCAUCUCUCCUCAACCGGAUAUCGGGCGGUCAAGGCAAAGAGCUUCUUCCUGUCGGAUCAGUGAAUACGAGACUACAUGGAUUUGAUGGACCCGCACCGACCAACCCCACUAAUCCCAAUGCUGGACUAGAACUUCUCCCAGCCAGCGGCAGAAGACCGAAGAACAGUGGAAGAGGAGUAGACACGCAAAGUAAAGAUCAGCUAACUGCUGCUUUGGGGAUCGGAGCUCAGCGAGUAAGGGAUGUAAGACCGGUGGUAAGGAAUCAACCUCAAACGCAUUACCCAAAGCAGAGUCAGGUCUCCAUAAUGGGUGCUGCGAAAGGAACUACUUGGGUCAGAAUAGAAAACCUAGCAAUGGGCACAACUGCGGAUGACGUAGUGUCCGCAUUUGCCCCUCUCCCUGUACUUGACACCAAGCUCACCCCUCCUUCAAAUCCAAAUACUGUCACGGUCGACCUCGAAUUGGAGAGUCGUUCCGAUGCGGAAGGUUUGAUCAAACAAUACCACGGGGUAGUCGCCGAUGGAAACACUCUCAAUGUGACCAUCAUCAAUCAAGGAUUGAGAAGUAGGAUAGGCACUGGAAAUUACAAUGGAGCAAGAAGAGAUGUUGCCGCUCCGAUAGAAGUUGACGUCCCUAUCACUACUUCAAGAGCGAGUGCAGCUAGCAGAGAGCUACUUGGACCUUCGUCAUCGGGGAAACUCUACUCCGAUACCAUACUCGCUUCCAAUCCAGCCUCAUCCAUCAUGACUCUGUCCGACGGUUCCACUUUUGUACCCUCUCCCGAAGCAGCGGCCGCAGCUCAACGAUCAGAUGCAUGGCGGAAAGGAGGACCAUCUUUAGCUUCGAGGAUGGGCGGUGGAAGGGGUCGAAAUAGAGGACAAAUUGGAGGAGGCAGUUUUCAUGAUGUAUUGAUGUGA